UAUAAUCACAACCACCACUAAAAAAAAAAAGUAUACCAUACAAUUCCUUGCUUAUAGUCCAAGUUUUUUUCUACUUGAUCAUUCAUCAUAUAUCAAUAAUAAUAAUGAAUACCUCAUGAUCACUAUUUUUCUUUGAAUCAACAAAAUAUAUUUUGAGGAGUUUCUUCUAGCUCAUGGCAAAAAACCAACAAGAUUUGGCAACUCAUUUUCCAGCACAAAUUAAUAAAAAGAAAAAGAGUACUAUUGGAGGACAACAAAAGAAAGAAGAACUUGAAAAAGAGGUUGCUGAGCUUAGAAAAAUGUUGAAUCAUGAACAAAAAGUGCAUGAAUUUUUGGAGAAGGUGUAUCAAAGAAAAGAUGAUUCAUCUUUCAACAUUCCAAAUUAUCUUCCUCCUAAGAUGAAGGAAUUAUUAGCAGAACUAGCCAUGGUUGAAAAUGAAAUAGCAAAAUUGGAAGGCCAAAUAAGCAAGAUUCAAUGUGAUGUGAACAAAGAGAAAGAAAACAACAACAACAAUGAUGAUCAAGAAAAUAAUAAAUCCAAACAAGGACUUAACAACAAGAUAUUAUUAUCUUCAUAUAAUUCAUUACCGCCAAAUCCAAAUAAAUUCAAAGGUCUAAAUGAUAAUCAAAAACUCCCAUUUGAGACAAAGGCAUUGCAUUUCAUUAGCAAAGCUAUUAAAGGUGAUUAUGGUCUUAAUGACUUUAGAAUAAAUAAUGAGAAAUUAUUAUUACAACAACCAAUGAAGUCAUCAUCAAAAGUUAUUGUUGAUAAUCAAGAAGAUGAAAAUCAAUUUCAUCAACAAGUUAGAACAUUUGGAGAAAGGAUUUCAAAGAAAAGUGGGAUGAUCAAGACUCCUUCACCUCUAAGAGAACCAAGAAAUCCAACACCUAGGAGAGAAAGAAAUGCAGAAAUACCUAAAUUCAUGUCAACUCCAAUGCAUGAACUUCAACCAAAAAUCAUGCAAAGUCCAAUUCCAACAGAAGAAGACACAAUACAUAGAUGGCCACCAAAUAAAUUAUCAGAAAACAUUAUGAAAUGUUUGGUGUUCAUUUUUAUAAGGUUACUUAGAACAACACGUGCAAUGGAGUUAGAAAAAUCUGGUCCAAUUGCAAGUAGAUCAAGCAAUUUUUCAAUGAGUUUUAGGGUUCAUCAUGAGCCUAAUUCAAAAAGUAGUACUAGUACAAGUCUUUUGAUUCAACAAAAAGAUUCAAGACAACAAGAUCCAUAUGGUAUUUUUGAUUCAGAAGAGUCAAUUCCAAGAGAUAUUGGACCUUACAAGAACUUGGUUAUAUUUGGAUCAACUUCAAUGGAGGCUAAAUGCAUCUCAAACUCUAACUCCAUUCCUCUAUUUCAAAAACUCAAGUUUAUGAUGAACAGUCUACAAAAUGUAGAUUUAAGAUUGCUUAAUUACCAACAAAAGCUAGCUUUCUGGAUCAACAUGUACAACGCUUGCAUCAUGCAUGGAUUUCUUCAACAUGGACUUCCUUCUAGUUCUACACCAGAAAAGUUGUUGUCACUUAUGAAUAAGGCAACUUUAAACAUUGGUGGAAAUAUAAUAAAUGCACACGCCAUUGAACAUUUUAUCUUGAGAAAACCAGUAAAUUCACCUGCAAAAGAGGUGAAUAGAAAAGGUGAAAUAAAGAAUGAUAAAGAAAGUAUACUACGUGAGUUGCAUGGACUUGAAUCAUAUGAUCCAAAUGUCAUGUUUGCCUUGUGUUGUGGCACACGUUCUUCUCCAGCAGUGAAGAUAUACACAAGUGAUGGAGUUAUAGGUGAAUUGGAAAAAUCAAAAUUGGAAUAUUUACAAGCUUCACUAAUAGUAACAAGCAACAAGAAGAUAGCAAUGCCAGAACUUUUGUUAAGAAACAUUCAUGAUUUUGCACAAGAUUUGGAUUCAUUAGUAGAAUGGAUUUGUCAACAAUUGCCAACAUCUGGUUCAUUGAGAAAAUCCAUUGUUGAUUGCUUCAAGGGCCUUCAUGGAGGAAAAGCAUCCACUAUUGUUGAGAAAAUACCUUACGAUUUCGAGUUUCAGUAUUUGUUAUCUGCAUAAAAAUCUUGUUUUAAGUACAGAGUUUGAAUCGACAGAGAGUUAGACUUUUAAUUUCUUCUGUAUGAAUUAGUAUUAUGUCAUUACAUGAUCUCGAGAUCCUCUUUCGAGGACUCAUGGGAAUAUUCUGGCAAGUGUCAUAAUCAGUUCGACGUACAAUAAUGUGUUGGAAUACUUCAAUCUUCAAUUAUGUAAAUGUGAAUAACAAUAAGUGGUGAAAAGAAAAAGGUGAUCACUUGUUGAUAGUGUUAUUUUGGACUUUGGAAGGGGGUAUCUAUUGUUGUUGAGAAAAUACCUUAUGAUUUCGAGUUUCAGUAUGUGUAUGAAAAUGUUCGUACAGAGUUUGAAUUGACAGAGAGUUAGACUUUUCUUCUGUAUGAAUUAGUAUUAUAUCUUACAUGAUCUCGAAAUCCUCUUUUGAGGACUCAUAUGGGAAUAUUUUGGAAAGUGUCAUAAUCAGUUCGACGUACAAGAAUCUGUUGAAAUACUUAUUGGUAAUAGAGAAAAUACCUUACGAUUUCGAGUU